GGGUGAAGUGCGUGAUAAUGGCGUGGGAGAGCGAUCCGGAGGACUUCUCACCGGCGGCCACCAUCGUACCGUUCGAUCCGCCACUUCCCCUUCUGAGAGGGCCCGUGAACGCCGCGCCGGGGGAUGACCCCUCGUCUGGAUCCUUCGUCCUCGCCUUCAGGGACGCCGCGAGCUGGCGUUCAGCAUAUCGGGCCACGGAGUCCAAGAUUGUAGAGCAGUGUAAGGCUGGUGCUCGUGCUGGUUGUUCCAUCAGCGUCUCCAGCAAGUGCAAGACCCCCUGGUGGAAAAUCAUAUUAGGUACCAAACAAAUGGAUUUCAAGGAGAGGGAGCAAUGUGAGGAGCGCGAGAUGUCUGCCUGCAUGGCUUUGGCUGAGGAUGCUUGCAUUAGUUUUGCCAAGGAAAAAUGCAAUCAUGCUUUUCAGAAAGCAAGAAUUGCCACUGAAAGCUCAUCAGAAGUUGGAAAUGCUGCACUUGAGUGAGUCUCAGUGGAAGGGGAAAUUAUUGGGUUGGGACACUGGACGAAGUCUGGAGUACAAUGAAAAUGUGCCACUCACCUCUUACUGGGUAUUGAGCUCAGUAUGAGCUCGGUACUUCACAGUACCAGUACUGAGGUACUGCUCGGUAUUGUGAAGU